AUGCCGAGGAAGCAAAAAAAAGGUAAAAGGACUGAAACAAAUGGCAAAGAUUGUCAGCCUGAAACCGCAACUCAGGAAUCUAUUGAACAACGGUCUCGCCGGCUUUGCCUCGAAGACCAACUGGUGGCUUCGCAUAAUUCUUCUAUCGAUUUCCACGCGAACUUGAAGAAUGCAAUUGCAUUAAUGCAGCAGGUUGUUGCCCAGUAUGCCUCUGAAGAGGAUUUUAUUGACGAGUUAAGUUCUAUACGGAUAGUACUGAAUCGGAUGAGUCAGAUGUCUUUGUAUUUGGAUGUCUAUUCAGAUUAUGUCCAGUUCUUGUUUUGUCAGGGGCUAAUAGAUCCCGACCACUGCGACCUUGCAGUCAGUGGUAUACAACAAACUAUGGAUCGCACCAUCAUACUUAUCAACGUAUGA